UAUUGGCGGUGCAAUUCGUAACAUGAGUACGAAGGCUGCAUGAAAACAUUGAAUUGCUUUUGCGGUCUCCUGUUGAGACUGAAGAGAAACAGCACCACAGUUAAGCAGGUUCCCUCCGAACGGGAGGGGAUGUCACUGAGCACAUCGCUCCGGGCCAGAGGCUUGCAGCCGGGGCUGCUGUGCUUAGCCACCGCCCUCGCUGCGCUCCUCGCCGUCAGCAUGUGUGCAGAGGAGAGCAUGGAUGAGGAGCUGGCAAGCGCUGCUCUUGAAGAGGCGGGAGGAAUAAAUGGGUUGUGCUAGAGCGAAAUAACAAAAGUGGAGUCCAGAUGGCAUCAUCAGAGACUAAAACCCCCAGGUUUUACAGCCUGGCACUUACAGGCUCAUUUCUGCUGACGGUACUGUGUCUCUAGGUGUUCUCGUAGUGUUUCUGGUUCCUUUGUUUAUUCCCUCCUAUGUUAUGUUGCUUGCAGGAGUUUGAACUUCAGAAACACUCGCUUUGAAAAGUUGUUAGGAAGAUCCCGAUGGCAAAUCGAACCCAGGCUCAUUUAUCUCUCCUGCUGCUCCUAGGGCAGCUACAACAGGUCUCCCCAGACUUGAACUGGGCUGGGGCAGAGCAGCCACCCCUUGCUGUCAAUGACGUUCCGUGAAGACAUUUUGAGCCUCUGCACUUCCUGACACGGGCUUAUUUUAUCAUAUGUGUUCCGUUGCUUUCUUAGCUGCUCGCAGGUUUCGCUGGAAACACCAGCCUCAGUGGUGACAAUCUGAUGUGGUAGAGAAGAGCAAGAGGAGGAGGAACACAAGGAUGAGGCUGGAGCGGGCCCUGCCUCUCCUGGGGCUCCUGCUAUGUGGGGUUGGCACCGCAGCUCAGGAGGGUGAUACCGAAGCAGAGGAGGAAUUCCUGGUGGAGAUUUCUGGAACCACGGUGACAAUCACCUGUCCCUUGACUGAAGGCAGCAUAGACUGGGAGUUAGCUGGAACAAAACAAACCUUCAAAGAGAGGAAGUACGUUAUAGAGAAUCACGACAGCUCUCCUGCCAGCGUGAGUUGUUCGUCCAGUGUCAAGAAGCAUGAAAUGUACCUGAAUGCCAGAGUGUGCGCAAACUGUGAGGAGCUGGACGCCUUGGCAGUGACAGGGAUCAUCGCUGCAGAUCUUCUCAUCACCUUCGGGGUGCUGAUUCUGGUCUAUUACUUCAGCAAAGACAGGAAGGGGAGAGCGAGCGCUGGUGCUGGCAGUCGGCCACGAGGCCAGAAGAUGCAGCGUCCUCCCCCUGUUCCAAACCCAGACUAUGAGCCCAUCCGGAAAGGCCAGCGGGAAGUGUAUGCAGGCCUGGAAUCCAGGGGCUUCUGAAAUUCCCACAAAUGGCGGGCUGGAAAACAGCAGCAGAGGGGCUAAGUGCUUCUGCCCAGCUUGGCACCCGUUCUCUGCAGGCCUGCUGAGGCCCAGGCGUUUUGGGGUAAGCCAGGCAGCUACACAGGACAGACACCCUGCUGCUGUCCUCUGUCCCAGCCUGAUGUGCUCCUUCAGCCUUCAGUUUGACAUUAGGAAAAAGAAGCAAAUGAGCACAUUGGCAAGAGCAGAUUUCCUUCUCAUUAAAGCACUGCAGCCUCACUUGUGGUUCCCGGCCUCCUUUUCCCUCACACUUGUCUCUCUGUUCCAGUUGCGUGCUCUGGUUUUUCCUCCCAUUUAAUCUUCACCCUGAGUGCCUCUGCUCACUCCCUGUGCCUCCCUGGGUGGCUAGUGGGCAAAGAGUGGGUCCUUUUCAGAGUGACUGGCCUCUGACCUUGCCCUGCUCUCAUGUUCACAGCCUAUCUUGAUUUUGCUGCCCAGGAUUGGAACAAAAGGAACAGAGGCAGUCAGCAUAUUAAAAACAAAAUAGUACAUUUUCAUAGAAAAGCCAUUGCUUUGAAUGUAAAUAUUCCAGUCAAAAAGAACAGUUUUCCCUUAAAAAAAAAAAAAAAAAAGAGAAGCACUUC